UCAACUUUAAUUUAAAAGUGAAAAAUUUUGUUUUCUCUGGUAUCCUUUUUUUUGUUUUGUUUUUUGUUUUUGUUUUUGUUUUUUGAUACAGGCUCUGGCUCUGCUGACCACGCUGGAGUGCAGUGGGGAGAUCAUGGCUCACUGCAGCCUCGAUUUCCCUGGCUUGAGAGAAAAUUAUUUUUUUCAAAAUAAUCUUCAAUUUAAGGUAAUUUACUAAGUUUCAAAAGAUAAUGCUAUUGACGUAAAUUCUGUUUUAGAUUGUAGGCCCCGUCAGCUCAUUGAUACUAGUCCCAAGUUCACAGGAGAAGAGACUGGAAGUUACUAGGCUAGUCCUGCCUCUGUCAGGUGUGUCCCAGCAAAACUUUUCUUUCCAGUUUCAGCGCUUUAGAAACCUUUUCUCUUCAAACACCAAUACAGGGCCUAGACUGUACCAGCACUGUUCUGAGAACUUUACAUAUAUUAAUUCAUUUAAUUCUCGCAAAAAUCCUGGGAUGUAAUUGCCAUUAUUAUUCCCAUUUAACAGAUAAGAACACUGAAGCACAGAGAGAUUAAGUAACUUGCUCAGGGACCUGGAUGUGAAUGCAGAAAUCUGGCUCCAGAGGUGGAGUCUGAAACUGCCUUUCUAAGUGACUGAUUGCCAAUCUCUGGAAAACCGGUUCAAUUGAAGAUAUUAACGGAUCAAAAUGUCAGUAUGUUUUCAGAUACCCUAACUCCAUAGGAAGCUCAGUGUAUGGGAUGAGAUACUGUGGUUUAGAAGGGAAUUGCUUUUCCAAUGGAGGGCACCCUUCAGAUAAGCCCCUCAAAUUGCCCUUCUCUAGAGAGUCGCACGAGGACAGGCCUGCUAAAAAGGAUGGCGCUGGGGGGUUUCCAAGACAGGAAAUAUCUAAAGCCAGCGGCUGACAUAUUAUCUUGGCGAACGGGAGAAGGGAAAAAGAACCCUCAUUUUUUGGAAACACAAGUUUUUAGCCUGGAUAAUGGGUAAAUGACAUUAACUCUUUGUUCCACACUAAUCUUUCAAGCUUGUUCAGAUUUUGCUUCUCAAACCUGGGCCAUUCCUUCUUAUCUAAUCUGCCUAUUAUUUCCUUCAAGCUUUUUAUCCCUUCUGAAAAUAGGUGGUAGCAUACCAAAUUAAAAUACAGAACAGCCUGUUUCUUUCCCCCAGGGUCCACUAGGGCGCGUCGGAGAAAGGGUUAACCGGGCGGGUGGGAGGGAAGGUCGGGCUCACACCUUUCGCAGAGACCUCGGGCGGCGGCGGGGCCCGGGAGGGGCGGAGGCUGGGGCCAGACGCCUCGCCGCCUCCGCCUCGGCGAAUAGCAGCGUGCUGCCCGCCCGGAUUGGAGCAGCAGCAUCACGCUGACCUCUGCCUGGGAUGUAAACCGGACCAGCCGCUGCGGGCAAAGGAAGGCUCUUGGCUCCUCCGGGAAACCCAGCCCCAUCACCGGGCUCCGAGCGGCUCGCAGGCGAGCGACAGCGGCCUCAGCCCCAGCAGCGCCCAGCGGCGGCUGCGGAAAGCGGAGGGAGUCCGACGCGGGCGCGGGCGGGGAGCGUGCGUCCGUUCGCACAGGCAGCGGGAGGAGGGGCGGCGCGAACCAUGGCCGGGGACAGCGAGCAGACCCUGCAGAACCACCAGCAGCCCAACGGCGGCGAGCCCUUCCUUAUAGGCGUCAGCGGGGGAACAGCUAGCGGCAAGUCUUCCGUGUGUGCUAAGAUCGUGCAGCUCCUGGGGCAGAAUGAGGUGGACUAUCGCCAGAAGCAGGUGGUCAUCCUGAGCCAGGAUAGCUUCUACCGUGUCCUCACCUCGGAGCAGAAGGCCAAAGCCCUGAAGGGCCAGUUCAACUUUGACCACCCGGAUGCCUUUGACAAUGAACUCAUUCUCAAAACACUCAAAGAAAUCACUGAAGGGAAAACAGUCCAGAUCCCCGUGUAUGACUUUGUCUCCCAUUCCCGGAAGGAGGAGACAGUUACUGUCUAUCCCGCAGACGUGGUGCUCUUUGAAGGGAUCCUGGCCUUCUACUCCCAGGAGGUACGAGACCUGUUCCAGAUGAAGCUUUUUGUGGAUACAGAUGCGGACACCCGGCUCUCACGCAGAGUAUUAAGGGACAUCAGCGAGAGAGGCAGGGAUCUUGAGCAGAUUUUAUCUCAGUACAUUACGUUCGUCAAGCCUGCCUUUGAGGAAUUCUGCUUGCCAACAAAGAAGUAUGCUGAUGUGAUCAUCCCUAGAGGUGCAGAUAAUCUGGUGGCCAUCAACCUCAUCGUGCAGCACAUCCAGGACAUCCUGAAUGGAGGGCCCUCCAAACGGCAGACCAAUGGCUGUCUCAACGGCUACACCCCUUCACGCAAGAGGCAGGCAUCGGAGUCCAGCAGCAGGCCGCAUUGACCCGUCUCCAUCGGACCCCAGCCCCUAUCUCCAAGAGACAGAGGAGGGGUCAGGAGGCACUGCUCAUCUGUACAUACUGUUUCCUAUGACAUUACUGUAUUUAAGAAAACACCAUGGAGAUGAAAUGCCUUUGAUUUUUUUUUUCUUUUUGUACUUUGGAACGACAAAAUGAAACAGAACUUGACCCUGAGCUUAAAUAACAAAACUGUGCCAACUACUACUGGUGAUGCCUAAUUAUGAAUCCAACGUGUAACCAGUUAUAAAUACAUAUAUAUAUAAAAAAGGAUCUAUUUUUGUGUAAAUGUACAAAUACUGUAAAGCUGUUUGCCAUAAGUAUUUUGCAGAAGGGUCUGUACUUGAGUGUUUUAGGACUGGAGCUGGAAUUUCACCAAGGGGAAAUUGCCUGUUGUGUCCCAGGGUGGGGAGGCUCGGGCAUCUGUGAGAGACAGGGAGGGUGGCUAAGGUCCAGUUGCUUUUGAGUGCCCCGUGGAACUUGAUGGGAAUGGGGUUGGAAAACCUUGAUUGCCUCCUCUGUCACAUGCCACUCUUGGAGCUGGAGCUUAGUGAUAUGUCAAUGAGAGAUACUCUUGUCUUUUUUUUUUUUUUCUUUUCUUUUUUUUUGAGUUGAAAUUAGGUAAAAUCUCAACUCAAAAAUCAAACUCAGGGAAGAGGCCCACUGAGGAGAACAAGUCUUCUGCAUUUUCUUCCUGCCCUGCUCCCACCUUCUCGCCUCUGGCUGCUUGGAUAGCUUGGUGACUCCUUCCUCACCCUCCUGCUUCUCUGUCUCUCCAAGAAGCCAGAGCUGCCUCUUUCCUUCCCUGGAAGAGAUUUUAUGGGAUCGCUUCCUGAUAGAAGAUGGGAAGGAGAGGGCAGAACUUUGCCUGCUGUCAUAUCUGAAGAAUCACUGGUUCUUUCUGCAUCCCAGGGGCGUAACUGAUCUGACUCCUUGGGCUUUUUCCUGUAUUGUGGAAUAUAGAGUGGACCAUUGCAGGCUGGGUGUGGGUGAGGGCUUCGGUAACUGAUGCCGGCAGCAGCGCCUCAUGGAGUGGCAGGGGAGCUCUGUCUGUGGAGGGGUAGUAGUUUCUGUUUCCUGGAGGUUUGCAGUGAGGUGAGGAGAGUAACUUGGUCAGGGAUUCUCACUAGCAGCAUCAUGGCCAGGAUGAUUUACUUAUUUGCAAUACCACCUAGUGGAUAUGGCAACUGCAGAGCAUAAAAGGGGCUCGGAAAAGCAGUUUUUAAAAAGUAUUUAAAAGGAGAGUAUUUAAAUCAUAGGUACCUAAGUUGGAGUCUGAGGUUGAAAUAUUUGGGGUGGAGAUUUCUAGCUUUCCUGAGAGCCGCUGCUUGGUGGUAGUGUUUUCUCUGGAAGUACAGAUUCCUGACAUUCUGGGUGGAGAGGAGCCCAAGUGAGCCUGAAGGAGUUCUGGUUAUAGAGUCCCGAGCCUCAGUUUCUGACCGCAGAAGAGCCAGAGAUGUUCAUUUCAUUGUUGACCACCCUAGUGCUUGGUGGACUGUGCCCUUAGCUAUCCCACUGUGGCUGCCAUUGCCAGAAACAUUUUGGAGAACCUUUUCUUCCCAUUGCUCUCAGAGCCUGUUCGAGCCAUUCAGGUAAAUUGGUCUCCAUUAUUACCUGGUCACACCAGAUUUUCCCCCAGACUCAGCACCAUCCAGUCUGAUUCCCCGUUUCUGGGCUCAGUUUGACUCUAAAUCUGUUUUGCUAUUUUAAAAAGUCAAACCUGGUCCCCAACAGAGCUUGCCACCCGGAGACUUUCAGGAGACCAUGCAGGCUCUGAAGGGAGCUCCCAGUCACAGCAGCUGCCUACUUGGAGCAACGGAAGGCUCCUAAGAUGCCUCCUUUGAAAGCCGGUGCUCACCAAGAUCAGUUCAGGAUCAAUCAUUAUCCUUGUAGUCAUGCCUUGAUCAGUUCUGAGAUGAAGCAGGGAAUGCAGGCCUGGGUUAGCAUCCUGAGGACACAGGGCCCCUGGCCUUGAUGGCACUGGGCCGUGCUCAGGUGAAGCCCACCCGUGUCUGGGAGAGCCUUGGCUUUUCAGUGGGCAGCAUGCUCAACUUUACUUGAAGCUCCCAGGUGCCAAACCAUUUAGUGCCUUGGCUGUUUAUCCCACUGCCUUGGAAGAUGGACUCGUCUCAUCUCUGAGCCUUUACCUAGCUGCUUCCUCAUCUACCUGUGGUGUUGGGACCAAGCCUCCAAUAUCUCUGAAUAGCCCACUCCUAGCUUGGAAACAGCUAUAAGGGCUGCCCUGCCCCUUGUCAAAUGAUCACCAAUUCUUGGUGGCUUGGCUGGGGACAAUGAACAGUGUCUGCUGGGGUCUGUGACACACUGUUUCUGGAACAAGGAAGGGAUGGAAGGCUCUACCCCUCCGUGGCAGCCCAGCAUUUGGCCAACUCUGUAUCUGAACUUGAGCUUUCUAUGGAACAAACAAUGGUCUUAGUUUUUUAAGAGCCUCUGGGUCUCUGAUUCCAUGGAGAGUCCGGAGUAGAAUUAGUGGACCAGAAACCAUGACAUUUGCCAUCUAGGUACUCUGCUGUUCAGGGUGGAGGCACAGAUGAGCAGAGUGGGGUGAUGUUGGUUGUAUGUGCAUAGAAGUCCCCUGGCUCCAGAGCCAUCCAGUGGUGCUUGGUUCUCUCUUCCUGCCCAGGUAUUGUGUGUGGACCAAGUGUUUAGGAAACAAGCAUAGAAGCAUUAUGUCACAGGAAGGCCUGGCCUCUCACUCCUUCACACUAAUGAGCCUUCUACUGACCCAAGUUUCUUUUUCUCGGGCAGCCUGGGACCACUAUGAGCAGAGAGAUGGGAGUCUGUGUAAGAAGGAUGCAAGUAUCCUUUGAUUUGGAGUGGACAGAGCAGGUCCUUGCAAAGGCAGUGGGUUAAACAACGGGAUGUCUGUGGGACAGGCCAGGGAAGGAGGGCAGAGACAGGGUCUCCAGUUCACCUUGCCGCAGAACUAACCCAAUCGUCCCUGCUUCUGGUCUUGGCCACUUGGCAAUCAUGGGGAAGUUGACUCCCCGCCUCACUUGGGCUUGGAGCUGGAUACUCGUGGCCACGCCCAGGAUAGGUUGCCAGAGUUUCAUUAGGCUGCUGGGUCCGGCUGGAGGCUUGUGUACACCUCGGAGCAGUCGGGCAGCAGGAGGGCCGGAAGCCUGGUUGGUUUGUAUAUGACCUCUCUUGCCCUUGUGCACUUUCCUUGAUUUAGCAACCUUGACCUGCACUGGCCCUCACAGCUGUUGGAGGGAAGUAGCCUCUUGCAGGGAAAUAUUUUCCUCUGCCCUGGAAUCUCCUAUGUGCCUGUUAAAGAUUCCAGGGCCAAGAACUGGGCAGGCUGAGGAGCAGCUAGGUAGGUGGGUUAUGCGGUUCAGGACUGCUUCUGGAAGGGACUGCCUGUACUUCUGUACCACCGCUGCCCUUUACACUUUGCUCAGGGCGGGGUGGGGGAAGCAUUCAAACAAAACAAGGAAGGGAACUGUCUGGCAAAGCAUAAGUGGAUGCAUCCAGAGCUCAGUCCCCUUUAAUCUUUUGUCUCUGGGCGUUCUGCUGCCCUCCUCAUACCGGGGACUGGCAUUCCAGGUCAGCUUGGCUGUGGUCUUAGAGGCAGGGAGUGCCUACCCAGUCCUGCCUCAGGAGCAGGGUGAGUAGCUAAAUACAGACUUAGGCUUUUUUUCCCCCCCUUUUAAGAUGCUUGCUCCUCUCCCUUUUCUUUUUACCACCCUACCUUUAUUGUUAGUGGUUACAAAGUGACCACAUAUUAUGUACUUUGCUGUAAAUAAAGACAGACAAAAAGGC